CACUAUAUCAAGUAGAAGAGGAGGACUUCCCAGCAUGCAACUCGACGCGCGAAUUUGACUUCUGUUACGCUGUUCGAAACAUUGUUAACUUAGCAUAUUGUUGUUAUUAUUAGCUGCGUCAAAAUAUUUACGUAACAGUUCGUCCCUUCAAGGCUCUGCGUGUUUCGUGGACUCGUUUAUUAUCUGGACCGACUGACUGGACUUCAGCAGGGCUGAGCCGGUAGCAUAAUGUCGUGCUUGUGUUAAAGCAGACAUAUGCAGUAACUGCUGCUGUUGCUAAACCCUGCUGUUUGACUGGCAGAGGCCGGACUGGCUGUGGAGGACGAUGAGCAGCGGGACACCCAAACCAGCUGACCUCUUCGAGGAUCUGUGGAGGCGGCUUGGUGAAAGCCACCACGACGCCCUGCAAGAACUGGAGACAAAAGUGAGCAAGUUGAAGAAAGAGCGCUGUCUAGAUGCUGAGAGACUUGAGGUGUUUUUCAAUCGCAGCCAACAGCUGAAGGAGCAAAACAAAAGCCUGCAGGACGCCAUCGGUCUCCUGGAGAAAAGGCUCAGAGCAGGACAGUGUGAUCGUUGUGGCAUCUUAGAGGAGAAUCUGAAAAGUCACCAGGAACAGAAUUUGCGCCUCAUCGCCAAACUGAGCAAUGAGAGAAACUGCCUCAAGGAUGAAAACAGAAAACUACAUUCUGAACUGCAAAAAUUAAAGAUGUCUCGCUCAGAGCUCCGACAGACCUCAUCCCCAGAGCCAGAAGAAGGCAUCAUCCCAGACUCGCCCAUCCUGCCGAGCUCACCGCCUGUGGCCAACAAACUGAAGAAACGCAGAAAUGUCGGGAAGCACGUUCGCUACGCAGAGCUACCUCUACCGCAGUGUAACAACUCGCUCUUCAGUGAGCUGAAAAACGAGCCUGGAGGAGCAGAGGUGCUCGUACCAAACACGUGUGAACUGGAGACGUCGCACAUCUCACGUGAUGUGAAUUUGAAUCUGCAGGACGCCGUAGCAGAAACCUGCGGCCUUGACCUUCUUCUUGCGCAGCCUCAUGUGAAAAUGGCGACAGCUGCAGGCCACCAAAGCAGCUCAAAAUCUUCCUGGAAGUUUGACGUUUGUUUCAAGUCUAAACGCCCCUCCCCUUCGUCCACGCUGAUCCACAGUCCAGACUCGACCACGGAAAGAUCCCCAUCGCUUCUCCCACGCGUCAGACGCUUUUCAGAGGACGUCUCCAUCAACAAAGCGAAACGGAAGAAGGAGGAAAGUGAGCUGGAGGUUAAAGAGGAGAACAAACAAGGAAACCAGGAAGUGGUGGACAAACAGAAGGAAGGCAGACACAUCCAACCUGAACUGAUCAAACGCACCUCCUCAUCUCUGAGCAGCCAAGACAUCAAGAAGGAGCCACUGGACAUUAAGCUUAAUUCAUCUCAAAAAGAGGCCUCCACCCAAAAGCCAAAUGUUUCCUGUUUAAGUUCUGCUUUCAAAAAACCAAAUGUUGGAGGACGAGCAAAUAAAGACGGCGGCGGGAAGAGAGGAAACCCCUUGGAGGAGCUGAAUGCCUCACAUGACCAACAUGAAGAAGAAGAGGCUGAAAGGAGGCCCAAAGAGGAGCCCAAAGUGGAGCCCGCGUGGAGCGUCGACCCUGCGCUCGCCCUGUCCAUGUACAACAGCGAGUGGACGGGAGACGAGCGACAGGAAGAUCAAGCGAAUCGUGGCGAUCUGGAAGACACGGACAGCACCUGGGUCAGUCACAGCUUGCUCCAGCGUCGGGAGGACGGGAGGGACAACGUCUGCGGUCUGGGCGAGAAGGCAAAUGACAGCUUGGAUAUGAUGUUUGACACCACAGCUUACGGGGACUACAAGUCUUACAACAGUUCACACUUGGGCCAGAGCCAGCAGUGCGAUGACGACAGUGAUGAAGAGGAAGAGGAGGAGGAUGAACAAGCUCCUCAUGAAAACACUCUGAGCCAAAGAAAAGAGCGCAAAGCAGGACAGCCAACGUUCGCACACGUGGCUGUGGUCCGCAAGAAAGACGAGAGAAGAAAACUGAAGGGAACCACCUGCAAGGAGUGCGAGACUUAUUACGCUCAUCUCCCCGAGGAGGAGAAGCAGAAGAAGCUGUCUGCGUGUUCCCGCCACAGGUUUCUGUAUGUUCCUCCUUGUACUCCUGAAAACUUCUGGGAAGUCGGAUUCCCGUCAACUCAGACGUGCAUCGAAAGAGGUUACAUCAAGGAAGAGAAGAAUCCACAGGCGCGUCCUCGGAGAAGACAACCAUUAAACGCUUUAUUCACCCCAAAGAAAAGACAGCCGGAGGACUAAAAACCUGAAAAUGUUUCUCGUGCAGCGUUUUUAAGAUAUUCGGCCCAUUUGUGGACUUGAUUCUGUGUUAAAACCGUGAGUUCAGGAAAGCUCUGUGGUAUUCGGUGACCGUUUUAAUGUGGACCAGUUUUAAGUGUUUCACUUGUGUUUGGUCUCUGUUCAGUUUUUGCAGACUGGGGUACGUUUGGAUAAAUAAAAAUGAGCGACACGUACGUAGUGAGCCGAAUGAG